UUAGUGGCAAGUUCCAUCCCUAAAUCAGCCUUAUAGCCGCUAAAUUUGUUAGUUUUGCAGCACAUUUGCUAUUACUUUAAUUCCCCCAAAACAAAUGGUGAACAUUCAGUAGGACCUGCCAUUCUUUUCAAAUUGGCGGGCUAGUUUCACUUCGAAGCAUGUCAAAUGGUUCGACUUUCAGAUCUCUAAGCUCAACUGAAGAAUAUACAUUUUCUUCGGAUAACGACACGUUCAGCUCUGUUUCCAGCGGCAGCUCUGGCACCAGCACUGUCUCCAAUCCUAGCUCCGUCUUCAGUGCAUUUUCCAACGAUAGCUUGCUGUCCACGGCGGAGCUAUACACCACAAACAUGAGCCACGAUGAAUCCCAAUCCUCUUCGUUUGACGGUAUCAGAUCACUCUCCGCGAAUGUGGCCCAGAUGGAAGCCGAACUAGAUAGCCUCAAUCGCUAUUGCGAGGAGGUUGUGGCCCAUAUUGUCAACGACAACUCUCCCACGCUCAGCUCAACACCAACGAUCGUGCGUGGUAACCGCCGCAGAAGUAACAUAAGCCCAGUGGAAGUGAUAGAUCUGUCCCAUCUGGAGUUGAUACCACGGAUCCGAUCCGCCCGGAAUCGUGCUCCCGACGCCGUGAUUGACUUGUGCACUCCUGAUGGCCCAAUAAGUCGUCCAUUACACUUCCCAUCCGAUGACUCUUAUACCGGUUCCCGUCGUCGCCGCACUUGGGAACAGUCGUCCGCAAGUUCCCAAGUGGUGGAUGUCGAUGAUGUGUCGCCACCGAAACGCAUCCAACCCGAUUCCGACGUGUCCCAGAAGGAAGACUCCUACAAGUGCCCGGUCUGCAUGGACAGUGUGAUCAAGCGCGAGCCGGUGGCAACCAAAUGUGGACAUGUCUUCUGCCGAGAAUGCAUCCAAACUGCCAUUAGUGCUACGCACAAGUGCCCGAUGUGUAACAAAAAGCUGACAAUCCGUCAAUUUUCUCGUAUUUAUUUGUAAGAUCCUUAUUAUGUGUUAUGUUGGAAUUGCUCUGCGAGCCACGUUUAAAUUUAUGUUUCUAUAUAAAAGUAUUUUUAGUAGUCUUAA